UUUACACGUAACGGUUGCCAAUAACGCAAGAAUUUUACGAAAAUUUCAAAUUUCGUUUAAUAUACUAUAAGUAAAGUGUGUAAAAGUUUUUUUCACCAAAAAAAAUAUAUAUCGAGUCCGUUUUUUCUUUCUUUCUUAAAGCCUAUCAUAUUAAAGAUUUAUAUAUAAUUACGUGCGUGUGUUUAAGAAUUUAAGGUUUAUAAAAAUAAGGCAAAAACAAACCGUGAGUGGUAAUAAGCGUAUUACAAAAAAAUAUAUAUGUAUAUCAUUGAUUCGCCAUUAAAAAAUUAUUUCACAAAAGAAAGCAAAAUAAGAUAAAAUAAAGCGAUUAAUACAGUCAUUAUAUCACCUUAAUCCUUUUGUAAUUAAAUCAUUAUUUUAACAUAUAAAAGCGAAAAAAAAACAACAGUUUAAUGUUUAAAAAGUUUAUCGAUGAAACGACGUUAGUUAAGGUAACGUGAUGUGAAAAGGGCUUAAAUAAAUAUAAAAUUUUAAACAAGAAAAUUUAUGCUGAGAAAAAGGAAAGCAUAUAAAUAAAAAUAUUAUUAAACGAGGAAUAUAUGUAGAAGUAUUAGUUAACAAAUAUAAAAAAAUUUUCUAAACAUUUUUUAUUAAAAUAUGUAUGAAAAUAGUGUUUACAUUCAAAAUUGUACAAGUGAUUGGUUAGUGUUUUAAAGUGCCAAAAUAUACUGAAAAUUACGAAAAAAAAAGAAUUUUGUAGAAACUUUAAUAAAGCAAACUAAACAAUAGAUCAAUCAAAAUACUGCAAUUUAUCAUCAAAUUUUAAGAGAUUAUUCCACAAGUUGAUUUAAAUAUAAAACAAGAAAAGUGUCUACAUAAAAAAAGUUUUGAAAUGUUCCGGAGAAUGCUGUAGUAAAGUGGAGAUCUAAAAUCCACAAAAAAAUAAAUUCAAAUUUUUUUAUUCUUUUGCUGUCGCAAACAAUCAAAAUAAAUCAUACUAUUCAAUGAAAAGGACAUCAACAAACUAGUCGUUAAAACUUUGGAAAAGACAACAAACUUUAGCAGCUGAGGUUUGAAAGAAACUACCAGCCCAAACCAACCAGCCAGUUAUUAAAUACAUUCGUUUUCAUUAGAGAAAAUGCAAAUUUAUCUAACUGCUAUACUUUUAGAUACAUUUGAAAUAUAAAUACACAACACUACGAACGAAAAAAGGCAGCCAGCAGCAGUCAAUCAAAUGUUUCAAUUGCUCAACAUAAUGUUAACGGAGCUAGGAUAUGAAAAUGCAAUAUAAUAUUUUAUGUUAAGCUUUAAUUAUACACGUAAAAUAAGCACAAAUCUAAAGAGAAUACUAAAGAAAACAUCUUCGACAACGACUGCAGCAUCCAAGCAACGUCUUCUGUGGCUUCCUUUUUCAUACAAUACAGGCAGAAGAAAUAACACAAAGUUUGCAAAGAAACUGCUUAAGGAAAACACUUUAAAACUACUUGCCACAUAGCGAAUACUUGCCACAAACCCGCCACACACACAACACACUAGCACUUACAAAAAGCCGCACUACGAAUUGUAGUUUAAGUAGAAGUUGAAAACGUGAAGAUUUUAUACAUUCUACUUGUGUAUAAUAUACAAGUGAUUAAUUAUGCAAAUUGAAUUGAAACCAACGACAGUUAGUCAAAAAGAAAGACUCAUUGAAUGAAUGAGUGACUGACUGAGUGACUGAUACCGUAAUAGGAGUUAAAGGAAAUAUAAAAGACUUUGAAAAGAAAAAAAUUCUCCCUCGCAAAAAUAAAUAACUCAUACAACACACACAAGUGGUUUGCUUUUUUUUUCCUAUUUUGUAAAAAUUUCUUGGAAAAAUGUUAGAAAAUGCCAGCAACAUGAUACAAAAGCCAACAAAAGAAACAUCAGAAGCAGCAGCCACAUCAUCAAAAGCAAGACAAAUAACUAAAAUUUUAACAACAGAAACAACACAACUAACAAGAGCAACCACAAAAGCAGCAACAAUAUUAUCACUGCCACCAGCACGACAAACAGCAACGGCAACAUCAAUAAUAUCACUAGCACCGGAAUCGGCACCAACAACUCUAACACAUUCAGCACUUUUGGGUUUAACAACUAGAACUUCUUUAAAAUCGUUAUUAACAAAGGAUGCCACUUUAACAACAUCGUUAUCAGCCUCAUCGUCAUUAUUAUCAACAACAAGAAAAACAAAAGCAGUAGCAGCAUCGACAGCAGCAACUUUAAGAGCUAAAGAAAUUUUAACAAAUUUAACUCCAGCGUACUUUUUAACAACUUUAGCAGCAGCUAUAGCAACGAAUGUCAAACAUAGCAACAGUAGAAACAAUAGUAGCAACACCAACUACUACAACAACAGCAACAAAAGCAAAUAUAGCAGUUGGACGAAUAACAAAAAUAACCAGGCAACUAACAAAAACGUCAGUUGUCACAUGAUUCAACACAACGACAAGAAUAAAAUCUACCACAUGCUUUCAUUAAAUCACCAAAAUUGCACAAAUGUUUUACAACAUCAUCAGCAACAACAAAAAGAACAACAGCAACAUUACAGCAGGCCUCAACGACAAUGUAGCAACAAACAUUUACGGCAACAGCAAAAAGUAAAACAAUUCUUGUUAUUGCUAACAUGUUUUGUGGCAAUCAUCACAAUAUUCUCUUUGCCACAUUUAUCCAUAGCAGCAGCAACAUCAUCACACAUGUCAACGGCCCAUGCAGCACCCACAACAACAUUAACAAAUACAACAACACGACUCAUGUUGUUUUCAACCUCCUCCUCUACAGACUCGUCAAGUGACAAUGUAAGCAAAGAUGAUGAUGACAGUAGCUAUAGCAACAACAACAAAAACAAGUUUGCUGACAACAGUGAUAAUGUUGAUAAUGAUUUAACAUCCUUCUCACCAUUAGCAACAACUUUUGAAAAUUCACUUAGAGACAUUAGAUCAAGCAGCAGCAAUAAUAGGCAAGGUCCACUUGAAAAUCAUAUUGUUACACGUUUAAUACGUUCCUUAGAUGCAAGUGGUAACAGUGGUGGUAUAGGAGGAGGAAAUGGUGGUGCUUCAUCUCUAUUUAGUCCCUCACCAGGUGGUUCAUCUGGUUUAACAAAUAUUUUCAAUCAAAAUCUAGACACUGGUCUUAGUAAUAACAUUGAAUGUCCAAGUUUUGAUGAGAGUUCAGCGUGUCCCUGUUACAAAUUCGAAGAUGGUUUAUUUCUUGAAUGUCCUGGUACAACGGCAACAUCAUUACGCACCACACUGGAGCGCAUUUCAUCACCCAUACAUUCAUUAUCUAUUUAUGAUUUUGAUCGUUCGGUCACGUCCCUAUCACAGGAUGUCUUUCAACCGGGUGUCAAUAUAAGACAUCUACAAUUUUCCCAUUCACAUUUGGAAACAUUAAAAGAAAAUAGUCUCAAAAAUGUACGUGCAUCUUUGGAAUCGUUGAGCAUCGUUAAUGGUAAAUUAACACAGUUACCAUCGGGAGCAUUAAAUUCCAUGCAUAAAUUAAGUGCUUUAGAUUUCGAUUACAAUGAAAUCUCCAACAUUAAAGACUACAGUUUCUAUGGUCUACGUCUCUCCAAGUUGAAUAUGAAGGGAAAUCGUUUGCAGGGCAUACCCGAACAUGGUUUUGUGGGUUUAGAGGAAUCGAUACAGGAAAUUGAUAUAUCCGAAAAUAGUCUAAGAACAUUUCCGCUAUUGGCCUUAAGAAAACUAGAUUAUUUACGUAUAUUACGUUUGUCCAAUAAUAAAAUCUCUACAUUCUAUGGUGACAUACAGAUGGCAACAAAUAAUGCCAGUGCAGCAGCGGCCUUAAGAUUACCCUCCUUAACAUUUUUGGAUUUAAGUUCAAAUCAAUUUACCGAAAUCGGUGAUGAUUGCUUUAGAACAUUUCCACAGCUGAAAACUCUAUCCAUGUAUGCCAAUCAAAUAGAAGUGGUUAAGCCAGAAGCUUUUAAAAGUUUAAAAGAGCUUAUGUCAUUGGAUAUGUCUCACAAUCGUAUUAUCACUUUGGAUGCCAAAAUAUUCGAUAAGAAUAAAAGAUUGCAAACUGUGGACUUAUCGCAUAAUCAUAUACAUUCCAUAAAUGGUGUUUUCUCGAAUUUACCACAAUUAAGGGAAAUAUUUUUAUCGGAAAAUAAUAUAUUAGAAUUACCAGCUGAUGCCUUUACGAAUUCUUCAAAUGUGGAAGUUAUCUAUUUAGAGUCCAAUGCCGUAGCCCAUGUAGAUCCUAAUGUCUUUUCUACUUUGGUCAAUUUAGAUCAUUUAUAUUUAAGAGCAAAUUUUAUACCCCUAGUACCGGUCACUUUAUUAGAUAAAUGUCAUAAAUUAUCUUCAUUGUCAUUGGAUAACAACGAAAUACAAGAUUUGGAAAUUGGCAUGUUUCGUAAGUUGGAAUUUUUAAGAGAAGUGAGACUGCAUAACAAUCGUAUAAGACGCAUACGCAAGGGAGUGUUUGAACCUUUGCCGGCUUUACAGGAAUUGCAUGUUCAAAAGAAUAAUAUCGAGGAUAUAGAACCGGGCGCGUUUCAAACUUUAAGCAACCUGCAGCACAUAAAUCUACAAGACAAUCAACUAACCGUUUUAGAAGAUAUAUUUCCCAAGGAAAAACAGAAUUCUUCUCUCCUCACCAUACAAUUGGAAACUAAUUAUUUGCACAAGAUUCAUGCGAAAACAUUUAAGAAUCAAGAUAAAAUACAGAUAAUGUGGUUGAGCUACAACGAAUUGACUCGUGUAGAGAAAACGAUGUUUGAGGAUCAACAGGACUUGGCACGUUUGUAUUUGAGUCAUAACUUUAUACGUGAUAUUGAUCGUGAAACUUUUUCAAAGUUGAAAAAUUUAAAGUUUUUGGAUUUGAGUUUUAAUCGCCUAAAGCAAUUGAGAAGAGAUUAUUUUGCAGCUUUAGUGAGUUUGGAGGAAUUGUCAUUAUCUCAAAACUAUAUAGAAGCCAUAGAAGGUUAUGCCUUUAAUAAGCUGAAAAGUCUUAAAAUAUUGGAUCUCUCUAAUAACCCCAUUUAUCAAAUAACUAAUGAUGUUUUCUUGGAGGAUUUGCCUUUGGCACAUUUGAAUUUGAGAAAUACUUCCUUAAGGAAAAUUGAAAUGAAUACUUUCAAGUCGUUGCAGAAUUUAAAUGAUCUUAAUUUGGAAUGGAAUUUAUUAAGUCCCGUGGAUAUACAAAAACUAGAGAUUCCCGGCUUAAGAACCUUGUAUUUGUCGCAUAAUAAUUUUACUCAUGUGGGUGGAAAGAUUAUAUCUAAUAUGUUUGAUAAAUUAAGAUCUCUACAGCACCUGACUAUGGCUAAUUGCUCUUUAUCUUCUUUGCCUGAGGAUAUGUUUAUAAAAAAUACCAAUUUGGUUAAAUUGGAUUUAUGUGAUAAUGUCUUGUCUACCAUGGAUCGUAAUCUGUUUUAUGGUCUCAAUGUCUUUAAGGAAUUGAAAGUGUGUCGUAAUAGUUUAAGCGAAUUUCCUCAUAUAGCUUUAUAUAAUUUGAGUACUUUGGAAAUGUUGGAUUUGUCACGCAAUCAAUUUUCUACCAUAGAUUUCUAUAAACUAAGCGGUACCAUAAAUCUAAGACAUUUAAAUUUAAAAGACAAUAAAAUCACUUCCUUGACCGGUUUUAAUGCGGUAAAUUUAACACAAUUGGAUACCGUGGAUUUAAGUGGCAAUUUGUUGCUAUCAUUACCCGCCAAUUUCCUGAGACACUCCAUAAAUCUGCAGAAAGUUGAUUUAUCCAGUAAUCGUUUUCUUCAAAUACCCAGCUCGGCUUUAUCAGAUAUAUCUAUACCUAGAUUGUCAUGGCUAAAUUUAACCGGUAAUCCCAUUAAUAAGAUCUAUACAGUGAAAGAGGAAAGAUAUCCUUAUCUUAAGGAAUUAUAUAUAUGCCAAACAAAUCUGUCCAUCCUAACCUCAAAAGACUUUGAAGCUUUUCAAGCUUUACAGCACCUACAUUUGGUCAACAAUCGUAUAACUCGCAUUUCGCCUGGAGCCUUUAAGGGUUUAACCAAUCUUCUGACUUUGGAUAUUAGUGUUAAUGAAUUGGAAUUGUUGCCUAAGGAACGUUUGCUUGGUUUAAAACUUUUACGUGUUUUAAAUAUUUCCAAUAAUGUCUUAAAGGAUUUAGAAGAGUUUAGUCCCGAUUUGGCUCAGUUACAAGUUUUUGAUUUAUCUUUUAAUCAAUUGGAUCGUAUAUCGAGAAAAACUUUCCGCAAUCUUCAUAGUUUGGUGGAACUGUACUUGAUGGGCAAUCGUAUGACAGUGCUGUCAACUGAUGCUUUCAGAUAUUUGCGUAAAUUACAUGUUUUGGACUUGAGAAAGAAUUACUUUGAACUGAUACCUAUUGAGGCGUUGCAGCCGCUGGAAACGAAUAUUAAAACUUUGAGAUUGGAAGAAAAUCCACUGCAUUGCAGUUGUGAUGCACAAAAACUAUGGGAAUGGUUGCGUGAUCAUCGCAAAUGGUCUUCCUCCACAGCCAGUUUAACAUCAGCUUCCGCCUCGACAUCGAUUGUAACGUCAAGCUUAAUGUCGCCCUCAUCGUCAGGAGCAUCAUCAACAUCGGUAAUGAUGUCAUCGAAUGAUAAUUUAAAUUAUCUAAGGUGCGAACAUCCGGCUGAGUUGCGUGGCAAGAUAUUUGCCAAAAUGGAGCCACAACAAUUUUGUGAUGCACCAUUAAUACCGAAAAUUGCCAUACAGGAUAUACAGCCAUAUUCCGUUAUUGUAUCCUGGCAAAGCCGUGAGCAUUUAGGAUUAAACGGCUAUGAAAUUGUUUACCAUGCUACUAGUGAUACAAGUGUUGGUGGUGGAAGUACUACAACUGGUGGCAGUGGCGGUGUUGGCAGUAGUAGUGUAGGUGGUAUGGGUGGUCCAGCUGAUAUAGAUGAGAUACGCGGCAAACGUUUAAAUGGUUCUGCCAAUUCGGCAAAAUUAACAAAACUUAGCCCAAAUACACGUUACCACAUUUGUGUUAUCGGUACGGGUAAUUGGCUAUCGGAGCCUGUAGCCAUUGCUUUACAAAGGAUACACUUUAAUGACACCUUCCUUAUGCCAAGAGACGAACCGUCGUCAUCAUCAUUAGCAGGUUCUGUUUAUUCUGAUUCCUCAUCAGCUCAACAAACAACAUCAUCGUCAUCAUCUUCUUCGUCGUCGUCAUAUACACCUUAUCACCUCUCAUACACGGGAAACUUUUACAAUACAGAUGGCAUUAUGACCUUUGGUGAGCACUCAUCGUUGGCCCAGCCACAACAACAACAAGCUUUAAUCGAAAACACUAUUAUCACAGACAAUGCUCUGCAGGAAGUGUUGAAAAAUUCACGUUUCUCCACCUGCACGGAUGUACAAACACUGGACUCUACACCCAGCGUAAUCACUGACGAAAAUGGUCUGGCCACCAAUGGCUUUAUACACUCAAUACUAACACGACGUCUGGGCUUAAUAGUGGGCUGCUGUCUGGGCAUCAUCGUGUUUAUCGUGAUGAUUUCAGUGCUCAGCUAUGUAAAGCUAAAGAAGCAACGUAUUGAAAAUGCUAAAAGACAGGCAAAUAUGCCACCUGAUUAUAUGUCUUAUCGUCAUUUCUCAAUACCCAACGAGGAGUUGUUGAGAAUGGGCGUAAAUACGAGCGGCACGAUUAUGUCGAGUGUGCCAAGUGGCAUCAGUGCUCAUAUAAGUGGUACUAGUUUAAGUACUAGUGCUACAACAACAGCAACGGCCACUACACCAAUUGGUAUAUUAAAAAUAACAGAAAAUAAUAGUGUGGGUGCAGGAGGUGGUGGUGGGGGUAGUGUUGGGACAAAUGCAAAUCUAACCAGUAUUACAGCAACAACAACAAACUCGGCGACUGCUGGUAAUGCGGUUAUUGCCGGUGGCAAUGGUACUUUAAAUUUAACCACAUCAACCACAAUUGCUACGUCGUCCUUGGCAUCAUCAGCAUCGACUCCAGCAACGGCUUCAACAAACGUUGAUGUUGUAGCAGCCGCAGCAGCAACAACAACACUUGCAAAUAACCACAAUAAUCACCAACAUCAUCAUCAUCUGCACCAUCAUCACAAUCACCAGCAACAACAUCCUCAGCAUCAGCAGCACUAUCAAGGCAAUGGCAAUGUUGUUGGUUACAUGGCAGCGGGUGUAGUAUUAGGAGCAAAUCAUUUGAAUAACGUCGCUUGUUAGUAUUCGUAGUAAAUAGUAAGUUGAGGUUUAAUUCAAAAUAGAACUUUAAAAAAUAAAUUAAAAAAAGCAAAGCAGAAAAAUAUAAAACUCUAUAAUAAUAUCUAUGUAUGUACGUAAGUAGUUUAAGUGUGUUUGUGUAUGUAUGUGUAAGUAGAAAUAUUUAAGAAGUUGAAUGAAUGCAAAUUGUGUGUCUGUGGGAUUAUAAUUUGGUCCUUCCUAUCAUCAUUUGUGCCAUUUCAACAAUUUCAUAUUUUUGAUGUUUUGUCUUUAUAAUUUUGUAUGGAUAUUUUUUUCAUUUCGGGAGAAGCAUUUUCAUUUAUGAAUUACCUCAAAGGUUUUUCCUUAUCUUCAGUUGAUACAGAGAUUAAGUUAAUAUUUUAAAUUUUGCUUAUUCUUACUAUUUCUUAAUUUAGGUCUUUUGUUUCUUUUCUUUGUUGGUGGUUCACAGUGGGAGUAAUUUGAAAAAAUAGGAAAUAUGUAAUCUAUGAAACCUUUGUCUCAUUUUGAAUGAAAAUAUAUUUUAUGCGAAAAUUGUUUUGUAAAAAAGAAUCUAAUAUUAUUUAUAGAAUGAAAUUUUAACUACAAAAAAGAAAAUUACAGAAAAUUUAGUUUUCAGGGGGAUUUUUUUAACAAAGAAAAUUAAAAUAAAAAUUUUCGAUUUUUUUAAAUCAAAUAUUUAUUUUCCAAACUUUUUUUCGAAACUUGCCCACUGUGCUGCUUUAAAUAUAAUAAAAAUUUAACUGGACUUUAAUAGUGUAAUCAACUCUAUUCCCCUACAAAAAUCUAAGAAAAUAAGUAAUAGGCAUUUUAAGUUUUUCUUCAUUUUUGCUUUCAAAAAGGUAAAUUAGAUUAAAAACGAUUAAGUUAAGAUUGAGAGAGAAAGAUAAAAAUGUAUGUAGGUGGUCUGAUAGUAAUGAAAAAAUCUUUGACAGAUUUGUAUUAAAUAAAGUUACAACUUCUUUGUGCCAACAAUUUAUGAUAAUUUAUAAUAAUUGUUUCAUUCUAAGAUGUUGGAAAUCUUAAUAAAGAAACUUGAAAGAGUUUAGUAUAAUCCAAUCAAAGGGGUAAUUUAUAGUUUAAAUAAAGAACACUUCAAGUUGUUAAGUAAGAAGAGAUAUCAUUUUUCUUAACAAUAGAUAAUCUAAUUAACUAUAAAGGUAUUGCAAUAUUUUUUUUAAUCGAUGUCCUUUAACUGGUUUAUUAAAUAAUAAAAGAGGAAUUUAAAUUAUAACCUCGCAAAUUAUUUGUAAUUGCUUAAAAAAAGACAAUUUUUGAGACACUUUUUAAAGUAGUUUUCUUGAAAUUUAGCACUGCAUAUAUGUAUAUAUUUUCAAAAUGGACCAUAUUAAAAACUCUCCGUCUUACGAUAAUGCCAAACAAAUUUGGGAUUAUAUAAUUAUAUUAGUGAUUUUAUUUAAAAGUAGUAAGUUUUACAAUAAAACUGAUGUUCGAAAAUAUUAUCCAAAUUUUUUAUUUGGAGAAAAGUUCUGGAAUUGAUACAAUUUGUUGUCAAAAAGUAACAAUUUUAAAAUUUAUACAACACCCAGAUAUCAUUUUGACAACUACCGUUGUCAUUUCAAUUACGCUGUGUCAUUUUGGCAAUGCAUCGCUGUUAUUUCGAAAACGAAUCUUUAUCAUUCCGAUAACACAAAGUUCUGUUUGUUUACAGAGCGUUGUCACUUUGGUAACACAUUAUUAUAAACACAGUUAUAAGUGCAAACUUUGACAACGGAUGUUACUGAAUGUGUAUAACUUCUUUGGUGUCAAACUGUUAGUCUAAAAGAACAUGUAUUUAAAAAAAUUUUAUAAAAAAAAAUGUUUAACAAAAAAUCUAAAUUUUUUAUAAAAUAUUUCGAAAUUGUGCUUAAUAAAAUGUUUGGAAAUUUUUCUAAAAAACAAAAGUUUGUACAUUUUUUCUACAAAAAGAAAAUUAAAAGAAGUUCAUCUAUAACAAUGAAAAUAUUGUAAAACUCACUACGUGAAAUGUCAAAUGUUAUUAAUAAUCAAUUUUUUUAGGAUUAUUAAAAUACAAAUAUUUUUUUUUAAUUACAAAAUAAAGAAAUGUCUUCCAAAAAAUCAAAAUCAUUUUUCGAAAACCAUAAAAAUCAAAAUUCCAAAAACACUUUAAGUCUCCAUAUUAACCGUAAAUGGGACCAAUUUAAAUGAAAAUCUAUUAAAGAAAACUAU